AUGGCUUCAGAACUUACAGUCACCAAGGUCCUACUGGAAUGGAUCAACAGCUUUUCGCUUGGGAAGACGCUGCGGGCCACCGAUGAGCUGACCGACGGGAUCAUAGUGUGGGAAGUCUUACAGGACAUUGACCCCCAAUACUUCCUUGACGAGAUACCGGAACGGAACCCAUCCGAUCAUUGGGUGGCCAAAUGGCAGAACCUGAAGCAUAUCCAUAAGCUGUUACUCAGUUACAUUCGACACCAGAACGAUGACCAUCUGCCUUCGGGUCUCGAUCCCUCCCCCGACCUUGAAGCCGUCGCAGAGAAGAACUCCGUCCGUGAAACCAACAAGCUCCUGAAACUCCUCUUAAUCGCCGCCAUCAGUUCCCCGAAUGCCGAAACGUACGUGCAGACGCUUCAAAACCUGAGUACCCCCACGCAGGAGGGUCUCAAGGAUAUCAUCGAGGAGGCACAUAAUGGACAGCAUGAGCCCAUUGACAUCGCGGAUGAAGAUAAGGAGGAAUCAUCGAAGCGAGUCAAAUCGGUCGACCUGGAAUUGCAGUUCGAGGAACGAGUGGGAAAGGUGAUCGCAGAAAACGACCGCUUGACACACGAGAAGAAAGAACUGGAGAAGGCUUUGGAGGACUUGCAUAACCGCCUGGCGCGCUUACAGGAGAACAACGAUACCCUGCAGAACCGCCUAGCCUCGACGGAGGAUCGCCUGGUGACGCUGAAGUCCGGGAAAGGUGAUCUCGGUUUUAACGCCAAGGCAUUAGAGUCCAAGUCUCGUCAGCAGGAGGACCUCAUCGCAACGCAGGAAGCGAGGCUUUCAGCGGCUCAGGAUGAACUAGAUAGCUUGCGGAUGACCGUGGAGUCUCUGCGUGUCAAGAACCAGCGGUUUCAGAAGCUGCAGGAUGACUACGACGAACUCAAGACGGAAAAGGAUCAGUUGGCUCGCAAGGCCAACGCUGCAGAGAAGUAUCGCCAGAAACUGCAAGCUAGUCAAGAUUUCGAAAAGGAAAACCAGGCGCUCAAGAAUCAGAUCAAGGACCUUCAACAGCAGCUGAAGGAUGCGGAUUCCCAGCACAGAUGGAGUUCUGAGCGCGAAGUCGAACUUGAGGAAUACAGGAAGGUUCUGCCUCGCAUUGAACAGGAAUGUACCGAAAUCCAAGACCUUAAGAAAAGCUUGGAAUUCAACAACCACGCACUUGGAGAGCGUCUGAAGAGUGCAGAGGAACAGCGCGAAAGGGACGAUGAGAUUAUCAGCGAGCUGCGUGAGAGAAUCCGGGAAUUGGAAGGUUCCCCCGGAAGCCCAUCUCUUACUCCUGGUACCGAGACACCGAAGUUGCAGGGAACUUUGCAGAAGGACUUUGAAGAGAUUGGUGCCAAGGAGUCUCAACUGAAAUCGGAGAACGAAGACCUGAAAAAAGAAGUCGAAUCAUUGAAGGGACCCUCGGCUCAUACUGCUUCCAAAUUUGAGAAGUUCUCUGAAGCUUUUACCCAGACUCUACAGCUUGCGCAAACCAAUUCUACCCAGAACGAGGAAUACUGGAAAUUGUACGAUAACUACUCAACAGCACUCAAGAAGUUCGCGGAGAUUCAAGACGCCCUAAGUACCACCAAGAAAACACUCGACAACGCAUAUGCAGAGGCGGAAUUGGCGAACAAGGAAAACGUCGAUAUGGUCCACGAAGCCAAGGAGCAGAACUCUGCCGAAUUGGCCCAGAUGCGGGCCGAAUGGGAUGAGCGUACACAGAGAAUACACCAUCUCGAGGCUGAGCUUGAGGCCAGUCAGACGUUGGCAAGGGAGGCGUGCGCAGAACGGGACGAAUUGCGCGGAAUGCUCGACAACAAGCAAUCUGAAAUGCGCGCAGAAGACCAGGAGACUAUCGAUGAAAUGAAGAAACUUCUUUCCGAAUUCACUGCGCAAGACGGCAGCGACAGUGAGGCUUCUGGCGUUGAACUUGCAAGGCAGAUUGCCGAGUUGAUCGAUAAGAAUAUCGAACGCCUUGCCCAGCGUGCAGAGUACAUUGAGCAACAAAACGAGCACAUCAAAUCCCUUCGGGAACGUAUUCGAAACUUCGAGGAACACACGGAUGAUGGCAUCAGCAAAGAACGCGAGCUCGAGCUCCAGAGGAUCAUUGACGGCCAAACUCGGGAGCUGGCACUCAUGAGUUCUGCUUGGUUUGACCUUCAGUGCCGCAUUCAGACUAACAAUGUCACUCUUUCGAGAUACCGGCAUGGGUCCAGUAUAGCCGAGGCCCAGAAGGGCUGGCUACCAAGGCAGAGAAGUGGAGUUGCUACUAGCCGGUGA